UGUAAUUGUAACAUCUCUAACCUACCAAUAUAGCAAAUAGACGGUAAGAGAAAAUAAAAACCGAAAAAAUAAAGAAAAAACAAAGAAAGCAACGAAUUGACGAAAUUCAAAAGAAAGAAAACCCCAAAACCGUUUGAAAUUGAAUUCAAAAUUCGAAAGCAUGGAACCAGAAGACUGGGAUUUGAGCGCCGUAGACCUCGAUUCCCUUGAAAGAGACGCUUAUCAGAAGAUUGCUCAACUCCGUUCCCACCACCCUCCUCCUCAUUCUUCAAACCCUCCUCCCGCUUCACGUUUUCAAAGAGUUGAUGCUUUGCCUCAAGGUGCUAGAACACUACCCCCUUCAUUGAAGCCAGUGACAAACAACACUAACAAGAAUGAACAUUCUAAAGAAUUGAUUAAAGCUUCUGUCAAAUUUUUUCUCCAUUCAAGUGGAAAUAUUGCGGCAAAGUUUCAAUAUGACCAGGUAAUAGUUGCUGCUUUUAGAAGAAUCCCUAAAUCUAUUUGGAAUGCCAAGGAAAGGUUAUGGGUUUUCCCUCUAUCUUCUUUGUCAGAAGCUGAAAAGGUUCUUAGAGAAAUAUCUGGUUAUAAUGUUCAGGUGGAGAACUUAGAUCCCUUAGUGCAGCGUGCUAUUGCUGCUGCCACUUCUGUCCCUGAUCUUCGAGAUCGAUAUGAUAAGAUCCCUGACUAUGUUGAAACAAAGCUUUUGCCAUUUCAGCGAGACGGUAUAAGGUUCAUAUUGCAGCAUGGAUGUCGUGCUUUUUUAGCGGAUGAAAUGGGACUGGGGAAAACUUUGCAGGCCAUUGCUGUAGCUGCAUGUGUUCAGGAUUCAUGGCCUGUUCUUGUUCUUACGCCAUCUGCAUUACGCUUGCAAUGGGCUUCUAUGAUUCAACAAUGGCUGAAUAUUCCUUCAUCAGAUAUACUUGUUGUCUUAUCUCAAAGUGGUGGGUCAAAUAGAGGGGGUUUCAAUGUAGUAUCUCCUCCAAGUGUCAAAAACAGCAUUCAUCUGGAUGGACUAUUCAACAUUAUCUCAUAUGAUAUGGUGGCAAAGCUACAAAAUACGCUUAUGGAGUCUGAUUUUAAGGUUGUAAUUGCUGACGAGUCACACUUUCUGAAAAAUGCUCAGGCAAAGAGGACAACUACUUCUCUUCCAGUUAUAAAGAAAGCUAAAUAUGCAAUAUUGCUUAGUGGAACUCCUGCUUUAUCCCGACCAAUUGAACUAUUCAAACAGCUGGAAGCUUUGUAUCCUGAUGUGUAUAAGAAUGUUCAUGAAUAUGGUAACCGGUAUUGCAAGGGUGGAGUUUUUGGACUUUAUCAAGGGGCAAGUAAUCAUGAAGAAUUGCACAAUUUGAUGAAGGCCACAUCGAUGAUUCGAAGGCUUAAAAAGGAUGUUCUUUCUGAACUUCCUGUUAAGCGUAGGCAACAAGUCUUCCUAGACUUGGCUGACAAGGACAUGAAGCAAAUUAAUAUUCUAUUUCGCGAGUUGGAGAGGGUAAAACUCAAAAUUAAGGCAGCUAGCUCACAAGAGGAGGUUGAAUCACUCAAGUUUGCCGAAAAGAAUCUUAUUAACAAGAUUUAUACUGAUUCUGCUGAAGCCAAGAUUCCAGCUGUUCUUGAUUAUCUUGGAACUGUAAUCGAGGCAGGUUGCAAGUUUCUUAUAUUUGCACACCAUCUAUCAAUGAUUGAUGCGAUACACGAGUUUCUUCUUAAAAAAAAGGUUGGUUGUAUCCGGAUUGAUGGAGGUACACCUUCUGGAUCAAGGCAACAGUUGGUUACAGAGUUUCAGGAAAAAGAUUCUAUCAAGGCAGCAGUGCUAUCUAUCAAAGCUGGAGGUGUCGGGUUAACAUUGACUGCUGCCAGCACCGUCCUCUUUGCAGAAUUGUCUUGGACUCCUGGUGAUCUAAUUCAGGCCGAAGACCGUGUUCAUAGAAUUGGACAGGUGUCUUCAGUAAAUAUAUACUACUUGCUUGCAAAUGACACAGUUGAUGAUAUCAUGUGGGACGUAGUGCAAAGCAAACUGGACAAUUUAGGACAGAUGCUUGAUGGUCAUGAGAACACCUUAAAGGUCUCGGAUGAUCAACCGCCAUCGAGAAGCCCUGCAAAGCAGAAAACUCUUGAUCAUUUCGUCAGGAGAUGUGACAACAGCACGAGUGGAUUGGAACAUCAGUCAUCCCCCAAACGUCCCCGGUACUGACCCAUAAGUUCUGUGAAAUGGUUCUCAUAGUGGAAUAUGAUCGCAUGUUGACACUGAUACUCGCUCAGUGGGAAAGACAUAGUAGCUAAAAUAGGUGGUCAGCACAGCUAGAAUUGCAAGUAGCAACUCUAAACGAUGCUGCUGGUAUGACAAUGGCUAUGUGAAGUCUUAGCCAACAGAUUUUGGUUGUAUGGCUUAACAACUUGUCCCCCCUAUAGUUGUGUGUGGGACUUGUACAUAGUUCUAUCUCUGGUCCUAUUUAUAAUCUGAUGUAUCUAGAUUGUAUAAUCAAUGUAUCUAGACUCUAUAAUGCAUCAGAGAUAUUGAUUAUUCAAUGAAUUUAAAAAGUCAA